GGCGCUGUGUAGCGGCUGCCGUCAGGCGAAGGAGGGCCGCAGAGGAACCGCGGAGUCCAGUUCGUCCUGUGUGUGAGUGCGUGUCGUGUCUCGCACUUCGAGCAGAUAUAAACCAUGUCUCUGGAAAUCGAGUCAGCAGACGUUAUUCGUCUGAUCAUGCAGUACUUGAAGGAAAAUAACUUGCAUCGAACACUUGCAACGCUGCAGGAAGAGACCACUGUGUCCCUCAAUACAGUGGACAGUAUUGAGAGCUUUGUAGCAGAUAUAAACAGUGGUCACUGGGACACUGUGCUACAGGCUAUCCAGUCCCUCAAGCUGCCAGAUAAGACACUGAUUGAUCUGUAUGAACAGGUUGUGCUGGAGCUGAUAGAGUUGAGAGAGCUGGGGGCUGCCAGGUCUUUGUUGAGGCAGACAGACCCCAUGAUCAUGCUGAAACAGACUCAGCCUGAGAGGUACAUCCACCUGGAGAACCUGCUGGCCCGCUCCUACUUUGACCCUAGAGAGGCAUAUCCUGAUGGCAGCAGUAAGGAAAAACGGCGAGCAGCAAUUGCCCAGGCACUGGCGGGGGAGGUCAGUGUCGUGCCACCCUCUCGUCUCAUGGCCCUGCUUGCACAGUCUCUGAAGUGGCAGCAGCACCAGGGUCUCCUACCUCCUGGUAUGACCAUUGACUUGUUCAGAGGCAAAGCUGCAGUGAAGGAUGUAGAGGAAGAGCGAUUCCCCACUCAGCUGACUAGACACAUCAAGUUUGGUCAAAAGUCCCAUGUGGAAUGCUCCCGCUUCUCUCCUGAUGGUCAGUAUCUGGUUACAGGCUCUGUUGACGGCUUCAUCGAGGUGUGGAACUUCACUACAGGCAAGAUCAGAAAGGAUCUGAAGUACCAGGCACAAGAUAACUUUAUGAUGAUGGACGAUGCAGUGCUGUGCAUGUGUUUCAGCAGAGACACAGAGAUGCUGUCCACAGGAGCUCAGGAUGGCAAAAUAAAGGUAUGGAAGAUCCAGAGCGGUCAGUGUCUGCGCCGAUUUGAGCGUGCUCACAGUAAAGGUGUGACCUGUGUGAGUUUCUCUAAGGACGGCACUCAGCUCCUUUCAGCCUCAUUCGACCAGACCAUCAGAGUUCAUGGUUUGAAAUCAGGCAAGUCUCUGAAGGAGUUCCGAGGUCACUCCUCUUUCGUUAAUGAAGCCACUUUCACUCCUGAUGGCCACCACAUUAUCAGUGCUUCCUCUGAUGGGACGGUGAAGAUUUGGAACGUGAAGACUACAGAGUGCACAAGCACAUUUAAGUCUCUUGGUGCCUCGGCUGGUACAGACAUCACCGUGAACAAUGUGAUCCUGCUUCCCAAGAACCCAGAGCAUUUCGUAGUCUGCAACCGCUCCAACACAGUGGUCAUUAUGAACAUGCAGGGCCAGAUUGUGAGGAGUUUCAGCUCUGGUAAGCGAGAAGGAGGAGAUUUUGUGUGCUGCACGCUGUCUCCCAGAGGAGAGUGGAUCUACUGUGUGGGAGAGGACUUUGUACUCUACUGUUUCAGCACAGUCACAGGCAAACUGGAGAGAACCCUGACAGUACAUGAGAAGGAUGUGAUUGGUAUUGCGCACCACCCUCAUCAGAACCUGAUUGCCACAUACAGUGAAGAUGGCCUACUCAAGCUCUGGAAACCUUAAGACAUCAGCCAUAACUUAUAUUUUCCUGAGACAGGCAGGAAAUAGGUUAAUGAGAAGUUUUGUAGUUUUUCUUUUUGUACAUAUUCCUUUUUUAUUUGAGUAUUAGAUUGUGACUUUUUGGCCCUUCCUUUUGAGAAUGAAAACAUGAUGUCAGUGUGGACAUUUCCCCUAAAAAGUAACAGACUCUGUGGCUAUGUACAUUGUCAUUCUGGUUGUGUAAUAGCGAGACAUUGUCAAAUAUUUCUCCAGUAUUUUACAUGAAACGUUUUCUUUAACCUUUGCAAUUAAACAUUUUGAUCACGA